AUGCCCAUACCCGUCGUCGACGGCCCGUACGGCGGCGUCCUUCUCGCCUUGACAUCAUCCAUUUUUAUCGUCGGUAUGGAUGCGAGUGUCCAAGACCUGAUUCUACAUGAAGGAGUCACCCCGGCCCAAGCUUUAAUGAUGCGUAUGAUUAUGACGGUACCGCCGGUGACGAUAUUUGCGUGGCUAUAUCAGCCUGAAGUAUUCCAGCAGCUCAACAUACUAUCCAUGAGGAUCCCAGACAUUGUCCUGCCCCAGCAUGUCGUCGGAAGCGAGUCAGCUGAAAACGAACACCUCUUGCCAGAUCCACUGACGAGUACUGGUGAGGUCCAUCGCGAUCCUCACCGCGCUAGACUGCUCUGGCUCCGGUCUGUCAUCUGCUCAACGGGGAUACUAUGCGCGUACUCUGCGUUCGGCUACGCCGACUUGUCGGACGUUGUAGCCAUCGUCAACACUCGCUUCUUCCCUGCCGCGGCGCUGUGCUGGCUGAUCCUGGGCGAGAAGUUCGGGUGGCGAAUGGGCAUAUCAGCCAGUAGGUGUCUUCCAUCGGUCGUUUCGACAAUAGCAGUGAUGGCCAUUGCUCAGCCGGCGUUUCUCUUUGCGCCAUCAACUUCUAUACCGGGCGCCUCGGCCAAGCCUGAUCAGCGAUAUCUCGGCUAUAUACUUGCUGUUGGGAACACCCUCGCGCAAGGUGUAGAUAUACUGAUCAUGCGCAAGGCAGGAAAGGCCGUGAAGGUGGUCAGCUUGCUGUUAGCCUACGCCGCCAUCGCAGUCGUGAUGAGCUCCUUUGUCCGCCUUGACCCAGCUUUCACGUUGAGCUCAUCCUUCACAGAUCGUAUCGUUCGCGUCCCAGGCCUGUUUCAUUAUGGCUGUUCAGCGAGACACAGCGGCCCGUGUCUCGAUACUUGCCUAUUUGCAGGUGAGCUGGAUCUCCCUUUCACCCACAUGCCUCUUGGCGUGUCGCCAAGAUCGCGGUGCUGA